AUGGGGAUGGUUGGCGUCAGGAAGGGCAUCCGGCCAAAACCAAACUCUGCCAAAACCAAAAUGACAGUUCAUUUGAAUGUAGCCUCGGAAAAUGCCAGGGCGUCCCCUGAAUGCGAUGUGCAGGGAUCUCGCCUGACACCUGUGAGAAGUGAGCAAGGGCUACCGCGUCAAGGACGAGCAUGGCCAAAGAAGUUAGUCCAAAAUCUAAGAGCUGGAACGCUGAACGUAGGAAGCAUGAUAGGAAGGGGUAGAGAGCUGGCAGACCUGAUGGAGAGAAGAAAGGUGGGUGGGUUGUGUGUGCAGGAGACGAGGUGGAGGGGGAACAAGUCGAGGGACAUUGGAGCAGGGUGUAAGCUCGCCUACAGUGGAGCAAACGCCCAAGGGCGGAAUGGUGUAGGCAUUGUACUGGACAGUAAGUGGAGGGAGGAUUUGGUGAGCGUGGGAAGGAGGAGCGAUAGGAUAAUGAGUGUGAAGUUGGGAGUUGGAAGUACAGUUCUAAAUGUGGUUUGCGCAUACGCUCCACAAGUGGGAUGUACUGAGGAAUAG